UUCUCUUCCUCCAGGGGCGCCUUCUCGGUGGUGCGACGAUGUGUGCAGAAGACGACAGGCCUCGAGUUCGCGGCCAAAAUCAUCAACACGAAGAAGUUGUCUGCCCGAGAUUUCCAGAAGCUCGAGAGGGAAGCAAGAAUCUGCAGAAAGCUCCAGCACCCCAAUAUAGCCGAGAACAGCGGCCACAAUGUAACAGAGCUGCUUGUUCGUCUCCAUGACAGUAUACAAGAAGAGUCCUUCCACUAUCUCGUGUUCGACUUGGUGACGGGUGGUGAACUUUUUGAAGAUAUUGUGGCACGAGAAUUCUACAGUGAGGCAGAUGCAUCUCACUGUAUUCAACAGAUCUUAGAGAGUGUCAACCACUGUCACCACAACAAUAUUGUACACAGGGACCUCAAGCCAGAGAAUCUUCUUUUGGCCAGUAAAGCCAAAGGGGCAGCUGUCAAGCUAGCAGACUUUGGAUUGGCCAUUGAAGUACAGGGUGACCAGCAGGCAUGGUUUGGUUUUGCAGGAACGCCUGGUUACCUUUCACCAGAAGUCCUCAAGAAAGAGCCGUAUGGAAAGCCUGUGGAUAUUUGGGCUUGUGGAGUGAUUCUUUACAUUCUCCUAGUAGGUUACCCUCCAUUUUGGGAUGAAGACCAGCACAGGCUAUAUGCCCAAAUCAAGGCUGGUGCAUAUGAUUAUCCCUCUCCAGAAUGGGACACAGUAACUCCAGAAGCAAAAAACCUCAUCAAUUCCAUGUUGACUGUCAAUCCUGCCAAGCGUAUCACGGCAGCUGAGGCACUCAAGCACCCAUGGAUCUGCCAACGCGAGCGUGUGGCCAGCGUUGUUCACAGGCAAGAGACUGUUGACUGCCUAAGAAAGUUCAAUGCCAGAAGAAAACUGAAGGGCGCCAUCCUGACGACAAUGCUUGCGACUGCGUGCAACUUUUCUAGUCGUUCCAUCAUCACCAAAAAGGGGGAUGGAUCACAGGUUAAGGAAAGCACAGACUCUAGCACUACCAUAGAAGAGGAAGAUGUAAAAGACAAGUCCAAGUCUCAAGUUGAUAGAAGUACCACAGUGAUCGCCAGGGAUGUUGAAGGGGGGGAGGAGAAAGAGAAGGCCAAAGUCACUGCAGCCUCAGUUGUGGGUGCCAUGUCCAGCCUUAAGAGCAGUAUGUUGUCUCCUGGCAACACUGGCAGUGGAGGAGGAGGAGGAGGAGGAGGAGGGGGAGGAGGAGGAGGAGGAGUAGGAGGAGGGGGAGGAGGAGGAGGAGGAGGUGGAGGCGGAGGAGGAGGAAAGACUGCAUCAGCAAGUGGAGGCGCUGGAGGUUUGAUGGCUGCUGUAGCUGCAGCAGCAGCUGCUGCAGCAUCAUCUACAAGUCCAGCUCCUGUAGUGCCUGCAGCAGCAAACAACAACAUACACAGAGACAGUAGAACUGAGAGCAAUGUUGACUCUGUGCGAACUGACCGCAAAUCUGUCAGCAAGCAAGUUAGCAACAGCAACCUCACAAGUGAUCACCACCAUGUGCGUAACUCUGUCAAGACUGCCUCCCUGUCCUCCUCACUCUCCUGGCAUGCAGCCAAUAGGAACAACAAUGUUUUGGACCCUCGCAAGCAAGAGAUUAUCAAGGCCACUGAGCAGCUCAUUGACUGCAUAAACAGCGGUGACUUUGAAGGCUACACCAAAAUAUGCGACACUCACCUGACCUCCUUCGAACCUGAGGCGUUAGGCAAUUUAGUGGAGGGCCUGGAGUUCCACAAAUUUUACUUUGAAAAUGUACUCGGGAAGAAUUGCAAGACAGUCAAUACCAUGAUCCUAAGUCCUCAUGUUCACUUGUUGGGAGACGAUGCAGCCUGUAUUGCAUAUAUCCGCCUUACCCAGUAUAUGGACAAGCAGGGUCAGGCCCACACACAGCAGAGUGAAGAAACGCGAGUAUGGCAACGCCGUGAUCACAAGUGGCAAUGUAUGCACUUCCACCGGUCUGGGUCACCCUCCUCUCCGUUUGCGCUUGGCACCAAGUAAAGUUCAAGUGAUACAGAUUCAUGUUGCUGUAGAAAGAUGAUAAAGUUCAGGCUAUCAUUUUAGCCUCUGUGGAAUGUUAUGGGUUUGAAACAUAUUCAGACUCUCCCAACCACUAUUUAGGCUCAACACAGCUAUCAAGCAUCCAAGAAUGAAACUGCUGUGAGACCUGAUGUGGAAUUGCAUUGAUGGGAAGAACUGUAUUAUGGAGAACAGUGGAGUGGUGUUGUAAUCCCAAAUAUUCUGCAAAAUAUCAUCUUACCCCUGGAACCAGAUGGCCAGGAUAGCAUUUGAUAUGCCAGAAUGCACUGGAUUAUUGAUGGUUGCCUAUAUUUUGAGGAUUGAAUGUUCCCAUUGUAUCAUUGCUACCAACUAUAUUAAUUGAUGUGUGGCAUAAUUUUAGAUUUAACAAACUCUCUUUGUUGGACAAUUCUUCAGUGAUAUGUGCACAAUUUAUGGCUCAUGAAGUUCUCAGAUGCUAGGUAGAGAAAGUUAUAUGUUAUUGAAAAUACUGUAGAAAUGCAUUUCUUCUAAGCAUCAUACAUUUGCCUGAUAAAAAAGCAAAUCUGCCAAGCCACAACCAUUUCUAUUAGUUAGUACUAAUUAGAAUAUCUAUUCAUCAUCUAAGGAGACGUUAUCUCCUGAACACUCUGACUGUGCUGUCAGCAUCAAGGCUUUCAUUAUCAUCAACUUCUCUUCAUAUUUUGUCACUCACAGACCUAAGCUUAAACAGUCAUGCAGCAAGUGUUGACUCAGUCACCAAAAUCCUAAUGCACGAACUUUAGAGACUGCAAUGUACAUUUGUAUGCAAAUGUUUCUGUUUUGUGUGUAUGCUCAUAUAUAUAUAUAUAUAUAUAUAUAUAUAUAUAUAUAUAUAUAUAUAUAUAA